AUGGCAGAGUCUCAGUGUCCCGUCAAGGCCAACGUCGCCGGUGCUGGUACCCGGAACAAGGACUGGUGGCCCGAACAGCUGCGCUUGAACAUCCUCCGUCAGCACAACCCUUCCUCCAGUCCUUUAGAUCCAGACUUCGACUAUGCCGAGGCCUUCAAAUCUCUCGACUAUGCCGCGCUCAAGAAGGACCUAAAUGACCUCAUGACGGACUCUCAGGAGUGGUGGCCCGCUGAUUUCGGUCACUAUGGUGGUCUCUUCAUUCGCAUGGCUUGGCAUAGCGCCGGCACCUACCGUGUCUUCGAUGGCCGUGGUGGCGGUGGCACCGCCCAGCAGCGCUUUGCUCCUCUAAACAGCUGGCCUGACAACGUCAGUCUCGACAAGGCCCGCCGCCUGUUGUGGCCCAUAAAGCAGAAGUACGGCAACAAGAUCUCGUGGGCUGAUCUGCUGUUGCUCACUGGCAACGUUGCUCUAGAGUCCAUGGGCUUCAAGACCUUCGGUUUCGCUGGCGGCCGCAAGGAUGACUGGGAGGCCGACGAGGUCCCCUACUGGGGUGCUGAGACCACAUGGCUCGGCAAUGACAUUCGCUAUGCCAAGGGCCGCGCAGGUCUCGCCGGUCAUGGUGUCGUCUCUUCCGACGAGAACCCCGACACUGGAAUGCAUACUGGUGAGCUCGAGAAGCCCUUAGGAGCUGCACACAUGGGCCUUAUCUACGUCAACCCCGAAGGACCUGAUGGCGUACCGGACCCUGUUGCCGCAGCCCAUGAUAUCCGCGAUACAUUCGCCCGCAUGGCAAUGAACGAUGAGGAAACCGUUGCUCUGAUCGCUGGUGGCCAUACCUUUGGUAAAACCCACGGCGCAGCCCCCCAAUCGCACGUCGGUAGUGAACCCGAGGCCGCUUCUCUCGAGCAGCAGGGCUUUGGCUGGAGCAACUCUCAUGGUUCUGGCAAGGGUCCGGAUACCAUAACUAGUGGUCUAGAAGUUAUUUGGACCAAAACUCCCACGAAGUGGAGCAACCAAUUCUUCGAGUAUCUCUUCGGCUUUGAGUGGGAGUUGACGAAGAGUCCGGCCGGUGCGCACCAAUGGGUUGCCAAGAACGCUGACGCUAUCAUCCCUGACGCCUAUGAUCCCAACAAGAAGCAUUUGCCCAGGAUGCUGACCACUGAUCUAUCACUCCGUUUUGAUCCCGCCUACGAGAAGAUCUCCCGCCGAUUCCUCGAGAACCCGGACCAAUUCGCCGACGUUUUUGCCCGUGCCUGGUUCAAGCUGCUGCACCGUGACCUUGGCCCAUCCGUCCUCUACAUUGGUCCCGAGGUUCCCAAAGAGGAGUUGCUGUGGCAAGAUCCGAUCCCGGCCGUAGACCACCCCCUCAUUGAUGAGCAGGAUAUUGCCGCUUUAAAGAAGGAGAUCCUAGCUGUCGAGUUGAACACAUCUCACCUUGUCUCUCUAGCAUGGGCGUCCGCGUCUACUUUCCGUGGCAGUGACAAGCGCGGCGGUGCCAACGGGGCUCGCAUUCGUCUUUCUCCUCAGCGGGAAUGGGCUGUAAAUAGUCAUCUGCAAUUGGACAAGGCCAUCGCCGCACUCGAAGGAAUUCAAAGCCGCUUCAACGGGUCAAGCGCGCCAAAGAAGGUGUCCAUUGCCGAUUUGAUUGUGCUCGCUGGUGUCGCUGCGGUGGAGAAGGCCUCUGGUGUCUCAGUGCCCUUCACGCCCGGACGAGCAGAUGCAUCGCAGGAGCAGACAGAUGUUGAAUCUGUCGGCCACCUAGAGCCAGCCGCUGACGGAUUCCGAAACUAUGGCAAGUCAACGCCUCGAGUGAAGACAGAAGCCAUGUUGGUGGACAAGGCACAGCUACUUAAACUAUCUGCUCCUGAAAUGACCGUGCUGUUGGGCGGCCUGCGUGCUCUUGGUGCCAAUUACGAUGGAUCAACCGUCGGAGUCCUGACCAAACAGCCUGGUCUCCUUACGAACGACUUCUUCGUAAACCUGUUGGACACCAAUACGGAGUGGAAGCCUACGGGUGCCGACAAGGAAACCUUUGACGGUUUUGAUCGAAAGACGGGCGAGAAGAAGUGGACAGCAUCGCGGGUUGACCUUGUAUUCGGCGCGCAGGCUGAGCUCCGUGCUAUCGCAGAGGUGUAUGGCAGCUCGGACGGAAAUGCCAAGUUUGUGAAAGACUUUGUGGGAGUAUGGAAUAAGGUCAUGAACCUAGAUCGCUUUGAUUUGUUGGCCCGCCAUUGA